AUGACCCGGCGCGUUAUCGCGCCUUACCUUCACGUUGUGAGACGAGGAACCGCGGCACAACCGGAAAAGAAGGUCGCAAUAUAUGGAAAGACUUUCCAAGAAAUGCUUCGAAAAAAACCUAGUGUUUUAAUAAAAGAUCUUUCGGAGUAUUUAUCAGACUUCGUCGACCUGCCUGCACUUCUGCAUGACACGGCUGAUCUUCUCAAGUUUGUGACAAAUAGUACAGAAAGAGGUAAAACAAUAGCGGCAUUUGUGGCAGCCACCAGAAAUUUUAUCAUGACGAAUGAUGUUUUGGGAGAUGAGCGUUUUCCCGAAGGAGUAGGAUGGAAAGGACCUACAGUCAAAGCUGUUCUUUGUGUCCCAAUCUUAACCCAGGAAGAUGAAUGUUUUGCUAUUGUUGAACUCUACAAAGAAUCUGAAGAAGUGUAUGACGAUAGAGACCUUCAGGUGGUGAUGGGUAUAACUGGGUGGAUGGGAGCAGCAAUCCAACAAAACCAGAUGCGCCUAAUUCUUAGAAAACAACAGCAGCUAAAUGAUUAUUUACUGGAAUUCACAAGCAAAUACUUCGGUGAUAACGUGCAAAUUGAGCAAAUGAUUUCAGAAAUUGUUAAUUUUGCUAAAACUACCCUGGGUGGAGAACGCGGUUCAUUCUAUGUUGUGCACAAAGAUAAAAAUAAUAAUGUCGUAGCUGACUUAUAUGACGAGGCUUUAGAUGCCAGCAUUAACAAACUAUUGAAACGGAAACGAGCUGUGAAAUUCAAUAAAGCGCGCCAUUUGGCAGCUUUAACUGCACGCGCUGGAAAAAUUAUAAAUAUUCGAGAUACCAACACUGACCCAAGAUUCAGCACUGAUUAUGAUAUUGUUACUGGACAAAUUACUAGAACUAUUCUUAGUGCCCCAAUCAUGACGGAAGAAAAUGUACUAGGAGUGAUACAAGUAAUGAAUAAAGUGAAAAGUGAAUAUUUCACAAAUGAAGACGAAAAGUUCAUAAGUACAUUUGCAACUUAUUGUGCUCUUGUACUCCAGUAUGCUCGAAUAAACGAUGCAAAAACAAAAGGGGACAGCAAAAACGCUAUGUAUAGAGAAAUGUUAACAUAUCAUAUGAGACCAACAGUUGCCGAAGUUAAGCCGUUUUUAUCGCAACCAUUAUUACCUACCCAGCCAGAAGGAAUUAUGAAGUAA